CGCCAGGCAGAGCGGAGGGCCGGUGACUGCAAGCGGGCGCGCGCGGAGCGAGGCGCGCGCCAGCGCCAUGGAACAGCGGUUAGCUGAGUUCCGGGCGGCGCGCAAACGGGCCGGGCUGGCGGCCGAACCCAGCACUUCGAGGCAGAGCGCACAAACCUCGGGAGAGAAGGCGGAAGCAGCUGCGACUCCAAAGGCAGCCCUGGGCUGGCUAAAACGGUUUCUGGUGUGGAAACCGACGCCUGGGAGGGCCCAAGCCCAGCCUAGCCGCGCUCAGGAAGCGGCUCAGCCUGGGAGCAGCACGUCACAGCCACCACGGAAUACAGCCAUUCCUCCACCAUCACCACGGGCGCAGCGUUUCCUGACCAACAUCACCAUCUUGAAGGUUCUUCUCUGGUUGGUGCUGCUGGGACUGUUUGUGGAACUGGAAUUUGGCCUGGCUUAUUUUGUCCUGUCCUUGUUCUACUGGAUGUAUGUUGGGACACGAGGCCCCGAAGAGAAGAAGGAGGGGGAGAAGAGUGCCUACUCUGUGUUCAACCCGGGCUGCAAAGCCAUCCAGGGCACGCUGACUGCUGAGCAGUUUGAGCGUGAGUUACAGUUUAGACCCCUGGAGGGGAGAUAGGACCAAGCUCUAUCUUAGCCCGGGGCGUGGACUUGUGGGUUGAUUUCAGGUGCCUAAGACUAAGGCCGGCUUGCGGGUUAGCUCUGUGACCACGCAGUUCUACAUUCUUUCCCUGAUCUUCUGCAAUUUUAUCUUUGAAUUUCUCUUUGGUUUUGGUGAAACUCCCAGAAAGACACUCACUGUGGGUCUGAUGCAAUUUAUAAAAAUUACAUCCUCAAUAAGGAGAACUGUGUGUCUCAUUAUUUGAGAGAGGUGAUUUUAGAGUGCUAGGAAGGCACUGGGGGAUACCUCUUUGAAGUCAUGGUCGGAUACGUUGGGACUGUGAAUUCAAAGUGAAUGUUCACUUUAAGUCUUUUCAUAUUUAUAGCAUUUUUUCCCCUAAAAAGUUUAAGUUGCAAGCUUCGUUUUUUGCGUUUUGGGUUUUAUUCCUUCCUGCUUUAAGUCUUGCUUUUUCGGUCAUUAAUAAUGUUGAAAAAUAAAAUACCUUUAAAA